CAUUAACUGUCUAUUUAAUCCCCUUUUGUUUGUUUGUUUUGUCUUUUCUGCGCCCUGGUGCAUUUUGCAGCCCAGUUCACAGUGGUUGGGCCUGGCCACCCUGUCAUGGCCAUUUUGGGGGGGCACAUCGUGUUACCCUGUUACCUGUCCCCCAACAUGAGCGCGGAGAACAUGGAGGUGAGAUGGUUCCGACACCAGUUCACUCCCUUCGUGCACCUGUACCGGCACGGGGAGGAGGAGUUUGGGCAGCAGAUGCCCGAGUAUGACGGCAGGACGGAGCUUUUGAAAGACGGCAUCAUGGAUGGGAAUGUUGACUUGGAAAUUAUCAAUGUCAGGCCCUCCGACGAAGGACAGUACCACUGCUCUGUUCAGGAUGGUGACUUUCAGGAAGAAGCUGUACUGGAACUGAAGGUCGCAGCUUUAGGCUCUGCACCUCGCAUCUCUGUCGAGGGUCACCAGGACGGAGGGAUCCGAGUGGUGUGUCAGUCGGCCGGAUGGUACCCACAGCCCCAGGUGCUGUGGAGAGAUCCCAACGGGCAGCCUUUAUCCUCUUCGACUGAAACAAAGUCUGAAAAGGAAGGUGGUUUCUUGGAAAUAAAAGAUUCUAUCGUUAUAACGGAAAACUCAAACAAGAAUUUGUCCUGUUCUAUAAGGAACACGCACAUGGACGCAGAAAGGAAAUCAGUGACUUUUGAUAUAGCAGACUCCUUUUUCCCACGAGCCUCUCCCUGGAUGGUGGGCUGGAGCGUGACCCUGGUGAUUUUGUUGCCGUUCGUCUGCCUGGCUUGGUUUCUGUUCAGAGUAAGAGGGAAACAUCUCAACACCCUCAGUAAAUGUCGCACGGAGCUCGCAUGGAGGAGAGCCCUACGUGAUGCAGCCAACGUGACUCUGGAUCCAGACACGGCGCAUCCCGAACUCGUCCUGUCGGGGGAUGGGAAACGUGUGAGAUGGGAACGGACACGGCAGCGACUGCCCGACAACCCGGAGAGAUUUGACUCUGAGAAAUGUGUGCUGGGUCAUGAAGGAUUCACCUUGGGGAGACAUUGCUGGAAGGUGGAGGUGGGGGAUGGGCGAUACUGGGCUGUGGGGGUGGCCAGAGAGUCUGUGAGCAGGAAGAACUCCAGACCAGAGUCUACAAAUGAUGAUGAUGAAGCACUGGAUGAGGAAACAAAGAGAAGAGAUCAGUUAAUUAAAGGGGCCAUUGAAGUAUUAAUACGAGAAUAUUCCAGCGAGCUCAAUGCCCCUUCCCAGGAAUCUGACUCUCACCCCAGGAAGAAGAAAAAGGAAAAGAAGGAGGAC